AUGACCCCAACUGCAAAGGGGAAGAACAAUAACGAAACGGUCCCUCCAGGUUCCUCGACUGCAACUAUCGCCACCACGAUAUAUGCUUCCUUGCCCUCGCCGACUUUGGAUAGCAUUGCUAUUACGCGAACAAUGCCUUCUGCUACCGGAGGUGAAUCGAUAUAUCGGACUAUCAUGAACAGGUUGUCUGCGAUCGAAGCGAAUCAAACGUUGUAUGCACAGUACUAUGAAGAGCAGACCUGUGGGGUUAGGGAGAUACUCCGAAGGCUUGGCGAGGAUGUUGGGAGGAUGGAGGGGAUUGAGAAAGCCCAAGCAAAGAUGUUUCAGCGAGAUGCGAAGGAAUGGGAGCAGCGAAGGAGGAGAAUGGAGAGGCAGUACAGUGAAGUGGUGUCGAAGGUUGAUUAUCUCUUGGAUGAGAUUGUUCUGGGAAAACGACUUGGCAUCGCUCAAUUGUGCCUAUCACUCACUGUUCUCAUCUUUAUGGCGCUUACCCGUGGAUUGCGAGGGGAGAUUAUGCCAGCCCUCAAGUAUCGGCCUAGGAGCUUCAGUAGAUCUGUGAGAGAGUGGAGUAGGAGACAUCUGAGUUUGAGCGUUAGUGGUGAUUGGGUGUCGAGGUUGACGUCGAGUAGGAGUAGAAGUCCGGGAAGGAUCGCGAUGAACCCACCCAUGUUGUCACCGGACGAUCAGUUCCCAUAG